AUGAGGCGCCUGUGGGGCGCAGCCUGGGAGCCCCGGGGUUGUGGACCGGGCGAAGAGCGGACAGGGGCGCAGCCGGAAAUGCCCGGAGCCAGGCCCGCGGGACUGGAGAAGCGCGAGGCAGGGCGGCGCCUCGCUGCGCUCAGCGCCCGGUUCACCUCGCCCUGGCUGCGGGAGGAGGGGAGCCGGGCCCGCGGGCCUUUGGAUUCCGGGACCGCCCCCUCUCGCUCCCCGGCCAGCGGUGACCGGCAGAGGCAGCCGCAGCCUCAGCGACAGCAUGAGACCCGGUGCCGCCCUUCCCCGCCGGCGGACGCGUGGCAAGCGGCGGCGGCUGGGCCCAUGCGCUCCACAGGGGCGCCGUGGAGCCUCGUCGGCCGCCCGCAGCGCCGACGCCGGGGGCCGCCGCGGGGCGCGUGGGCGCUGACGGCCGCCGGGCUGCUGUGCACUGCACUGGCCGCCUACGCCUGCUGGGGACAGCUGCCGCCACUGUGGCCGUCCCCUGCGCCGCCGCGGCCGGUGGGCGUCCUGCUAUGGUGGGAGCCCUUCCGGGGCCGCGGGGGCGCGGCCAGGCCGCCCCCCGACUGCGGGCUGCGCUUCAACAUCAGCGGCUGCCGCCUCCUCACCGACCGUGAGGCCUAUGGAGAGGCCCAGGCUGUCCUUUUCCACCACCGCGACCUGGUGCGGGGUCCCCCCGACUGGCCCCCGCCCUGGGGCGUCCCGGGGGGCGCGGCGGCGGAGCUGGGGCUGCGCGAACUACACGGCCAGGAGGAAGCGGGGGCCGCGGCGGCCGAAGCUCUGGCGGCCUCGGGCCCCAGGCCCCCGGGCCAGCGCUGGGUGUGGAUGAAUUUCGAGUCGCCCUCCCAUUCCCCGGGGCUGCGAGGCCUGGACGCUGACCUCUUCAACUGGACGCUCUCCUACCGGGCCGACUCGGACGUCUUCGUGCCAUACGGCUACCUCUACCCCAGGAGCCACCCCCGCGAGCAGCCACCAGGCCUGGUCCCGCCGCUGGCCCGGAAACGGGGGCUGGUGGCCUGGGUGGUGAGCCACUGGGAUGAACGCCAGGCCCGGGUGCGCUACUACCACCAGCUGAGCCGACACGUGCCCGUGGACGUGUUCGGCCAGGGCGGCCCAGGGCUGCCGGUGCCCGACAGCGGGCUCCUGCACACGGUGGCCCGCUACAAGUUCUACCUGGCCUUCGAAAACUCGCAGCACCUGGACUACAUCACCGAGAAGCUCUGGCGCAACGCGUUGCUGGCCGGGGCGGUACCGGUGGUGCUAGGCCCAGACCGUGCCAACUACGAGCGCUUCGUGCCCCGUGGCGCCUUCAUCCACGUAGACGACUUUCCCAGUGCCUCCUCCCUGGCUACCUACCUGCUUUUCCUGGACCGCAACCUGGCGGUCUACCGCCGCUACUUCCACUGGCGCCGGAGCUACGCAGUGCACAUCACUUCCUUCUGGGACGAGCCCUGGUGCCGGGCCUGCCAGGCUGUGCAGACAGCUGGGGACCGACCCAAGAGCAUCCACAACUUGGCUGGCUGGUUCCAGAGGUGA